UUAUACUGUUCAAUGCCUGGUUUAGCUAUGGACGAGUUGAAUAUGAAUAGUUCAAUAGGGGAACCUAGUGGGAGUUAUACACCCCAUAAGGAAAAUUUUACUCAGCAAGCAUCUCCAAGGAGUACUCUGAGUCCAAGAAGUAUUCAGAGUGACUCAAUUGAUUUGGCUAUUGAUGGUGUGGUGGAUACCUCUAUUGAGCAAUUGUAUCACAAUGUGUGUGAAAUGAGGAGUUCUGAUCAGUCACCCUCCAGGGCUAGUUUUUACUCAUAUGGUGAAGAGUCAAGGAUUGAUUCAGAGUUGUGCUAUCUUGUUGGAGAUAUUGUAGAGAUUACAAAGGAGGUGGUUACUGAGAAUAAAGAGGAUUUCAAUGGUUCAACACCUGAGAAAGAUGUUGUGUCAUGUGGAAAGGAACAUACAAAGAAGGAUAAUAACCAAUUUGAAGGAUCAACCAAGUCAAAUCCUCCCAAAAGCAAAAAUUUGCGUGAGAGGCCACCUAAUUACAAGAGGGGUGAGAAGGGUGCUAGAAAAGCAAAUGGUGUUUACAACAUGAGGAAGCAUAGGAACCUUGGUUUGAAAGGAAUUGAGGAGCGUAUUGCUGCUGCUGGGUUAGAUAACCCAGAUCUUGGACCAUUUUUACUCAAGCAAACAAGAGAUAUGAUCUCUUCAGGUGAGAAUUCCCAUAAAGCUCUUGAAUUGGCUCUUAGAGCUUUGAAAUCAUUUGAGAUGUGUGCAAAUGGGAAACCCAAUUUAGAAUUGGUCAUGUGUCUGCAUGUUUUGGCAACAUUAUACUGUAAUUUAGGACAGUAUAAUGAGGCCAUUCCCAUUCUUGAGCGUUCCAUUGAUAUUCCUGUCUUAGAGGAUGGACAAGAUCAUGCACUAGCUAAGUUUGCAGGGUGCAUGCAAUUGGGGGAUACUUAUGCAAUGAUAGGGCAGAUAGAGAAUUCUAUACUGUUUUAUACAGCAGGUCUUGAAAUUCAAGGGCAAGCCUUGGGGGAAACAGACCCAAGAUUUGGUGAGACAUGUCGCUAUGUGGCUGAGGCUCAUGUUCAGGCACUGCAGUUUGAUGAGGCUGAGAAGCUGUGUAAGAUGGCUCUUGAUAUUCACAAGGAAAAUCGGUCUCCUGCUUCCAUUGAAGAAGCAGCAGAUAGGAGACUAAUGGGGCUUAUCUGUGACUCAAAGGGUGAUUAUGAAGCUGCUCUAGAGCAUUAUGUUUUAGCAGGCAUGGCCAUGGCAGCAAAUGGCCAAGAAGUUGAUGUAGCUUCGGUUGAUUGCAGCAUAGGUGAUGCCUAUCUUUCACUGGCACGCUAUGAUGAGGCAGUUUUUUCUUAUCAGAAAGCACUCACUGUCUUCAAAUCAACCAAAGGAGAGAAUCAUCCAUUGGUUGCUUCAGUCUAUGUCCGGUUAGCUGAUUUGUACAACAAAAUAGGGAAAUUCAAGGAAUCAAAAUCUUACUGUGAAAAUGCACUGAGAAUUUUUGGGAAGAUCAACCCCGGGAUCCCUUUGGAAGAGGUUGCUAGUGGUCUAAUAGAUAUUGCUGCCAUCUAUCAAUCCAUGAAUGAUUUGGAGAAGGGAUUGAAGUUACUCAAAAAGGCCUUGAAGAUAUUUGGCAAUGCUCCUGGUCAACAAAGUACUAUUGCAGGAAUUGAGGCCCAAAUGGGGGUCAUGUGUUAUAUGCUAGGGAACUAUUCUGAUUCUUACAACAUCUUCAAAAGUGCUAUUGCCAAGUUUCGUGCCAGUGGAGAAAAGAAAUCUGCUUUGUUUGGGAUUGCAUUGAACCAAAUGGGUCUUGCCUGCGUGCAGCGUUAUGCUAUAAAUGAGGCUGCAGAUUUGUUUGAAGAGGCCAAGACUAUAUUGGAAAAAGAGUAUGGUCCAUAUCACCCUGACACAUUAGGGGUCUAUAGCAAUCUAGCAGGCACCUACGAUGCAAUGGGAAGAGUGGAUGAUGCCAUCGAAAUUUUGGAAUAUGUAGUUGGAAUGAGAGAAGAGAAGCUUGGAACAGCAAAUCCUGAUGUGGAUGAUGAGAAGCGAAGGUUGGCAGAAUUGUUGAAGGAAGCAGGCAGGGCUAGGAACAGGAAAUCAAGAAUAUCACUGGAAAAUCUCCUUGAUUCAAACCCUCAGCUUAUAAAAGACAAUGGCAUUAAGGUCCUAUGAAGCCGGGGCUGUAUAUAAAACACAAUGAGAUUAGCCGGUUUGCUUAUUUUGAUCAUUGUUUGCAAAUUUGGCCUAAAAUCAAUAACAAAGUGGAAAUAGUUUCCACUUCCAAUUGUUAAUGUUCACAAGAAGUUACUUUGUAUGUCUAUUUUCUA